AUUUAAACAGCCCCAUAAACAUUCACUCUAGAUACUUAGACCUCCUCGCCAGUCAAGACCGAAAAUAGUAUUCAAGAUGGGCAGGAUUGUGUUUUUUGAGGACAAAAACUUCCAGGGCCACCGUUAUGAAUGUGACAGUGACUGCUCUGACUUCCAUACCUACCUGAGCAGCUGCAAUUCUAUUCGUGUGGAAAGUGGUGCCUGGGUGGUUUACGAGCGGCCCAAUUACACAGGUAACCGCUAUCUGCUAACCAGGGGAGAGUAUCCUGAAUACCAGGGCUGGAUGGGCCUCAAUGACUGUCUCAGUUCCUGCAAGCUCAUCCGCUUCACAAGUGGAAUGCAGUACAAGGUUCAGUUGUACGACAAGCCCGACUUCACAGGCCAGGCUAUAGAGUCCAUCGAAGACUGUCCAUCUGUGCUGGAGAGGUUCCGUCUGAGAGAGGUCCAUUCCUGCAAAGUUCUGGAUGGCUACUGGAUCUUCUACGAGCAUCCCAACUACCGUGGCCACCAGUACUUCCUGGAGAAGGGCAACUACCGCAAACCAGUGGACUGGGGUGCGGUCUGUCCCACCGUGCAGUCUUUCAGGCGCUUUACUGAGUGAUGUCCCUGUGUCACAAUACUUCUUGCCUGUGACUCACUGAAGUUCCGGCUGAAAUAA